AUGACGCGCUAUGUCGCUACUGAAAACCAGCUGGAAAAUCCUCGAGCUCUCCAGGCCAAAGCUUAUCGGCGAGAUCCGCUGGCGACACGCUCCAUCGAGCCGUCCUUCGGGCUGCUGUUCGGCGACGAGCUGCGGGAGCUGGGCGUCGAGACGACGGGCGCCUCCGUCAUCAUGAGCGCCUACGACGCCACCAUCAACUUCUCCGGCCUGUUCGUGGGCCCGCUGAUCAAGAUCUACUCGUACCGCAAGGUGGCGCUCGUGGGCUGCGUGCUGAGCGCCGUGGGGCUCAUCCUGACCGCACCCGCCAACAGCAUGGCGCACAUCCUCGCCACUUACUCCAUCGUGGGAGGACUGGGCGUGGGCUUCGCGUGGUCGUCGACGUUCGUGUCGCUCAACUACUACUUCAGCAAGUACCGCGGCCAGGCGAUCGGGCUGUCAAUGGCGGGCACUGCGGUGGGCAUGAUGCUGAUGCCGCAGGCGGUGCAGCUGCUGCUGGCCGAGUUCCAGUUCCGCGGGGCCGUGCUGGUGCUGGGCGGCAUCGCGUUGCACUCGGUGGCCGGCGCCGCCCUGCUGCAGCCCGUGCGCUGGCACCUGCGGCCCAAAGAGAAAGAAAAGACGGAGGAAAAGAACAUGCUCUGUAAUGAUAUGGGGCGUGACAAGAAGAAGGAGGAGGUGCAGACGGCGCUGCUUUCGGCGCCCAAGAUCGAGGUGACGUCGGAGGCGGACGAGAAGCUGGCGCGUGCCGUGGCGGCGGUCGUGGCUGCCGGGGGCACGGUGAGGCCGCGCUCGCAGAUGCCGCGCAUCACCUCGCUCACCAACAUGGAGGCGGCGCGCAAGCGCAAGGCCUCCAUCAUCUCCAACAUCUCCAGCAUGGACUUCCACGGCAGCUCCCUGCACAUACACACGCCUCUUGAAAGUGAAGAUGAAGAUGAAGAUGAUUAUAUUACUUUUAAGCCCAAAGUUGAAACUCAAAAAAAUGAACAGAAUGAUAUAAACAAGAAUAUAAAGGAAGCAACAAAACCCAAAGUGAUCAAGGCAGCUAAGAAGAGAAGUUACUGGAGGAGAGUUAUAAAUUUUAUGGACUUAGAUCUUCUAAAAGAUCCAAUAUUCCUGAACAUUUUGUUUGGAUUGUCUAUAUUUUAUGUGGCUGAACUGAACUUCAAAAUGAUUGUGCCAUUUUUCCUUGCAAAUCUUGGAUAUUCCAAAUCAGAUACAGCAUUCUAUUUAUCAAUGACAGCUGUGGCAGAUAUAUUUGCACGUGUGGUUCUCCCACCAAUAUGUGACCGGAUUAAAGUACAGAGACGAAGUGUCUUUAUGAUUGCAACUGUUUUCCUUGGACUUGCAAGGUCUGCACUAGCAGAGCAAACAGAGUAUGCUCCUUUAAUGGUGGCACUAGUAAUGAAUGGAUUUCUGCGAGGGGCAGCUCUCAUCAACUUCAACUUGACUAUUUCAGAGUAUUGCAGCCUGGAGAAAUUACCAGCAGGUUUUGGUCUUCAUAUGGUUGGAAAAGGAAUAUUUAUUGUUGCUCUUGGUCCAGUUCUGGGUGUUAUUCGAGAUGCAACAGGAAGCUAUCCACUGUGUAUACAUGCGCAAACAGUCUGUGUCUUCCUGUGCAUAAUUGCUUGGGGGAUUGAAUAUAUAGUUGUGUAUCUUCAUUCAAGAACCAAGAAAAAUGAAGAGCCUCAGGUAGCAGAAACGUAACAUAUGAAGGAAAUGUUGCACAAACCAAAAGAGCCUUAGUUGCUCUCAAUUUGCAAUAGUAAAAUAUUUCUCAAAUUGGCAAGGUUUAUUGAAAAUCUUGUGAGAAAUGUAGAUGAGAUGAAGAAAUCUGAUGGCAGGACAAUGUAUGUAAGAUUUAUUUGCAGUAGUGAAAGAGAUGAGGUCAGAUGAUGUUAUAAGAAAGAAAGCUGAAAAAGCACUGAGAAAAGCUUGACAGCAUUGGUCUAAAUGUGUUCCUACCAGACUGUAUAUCUUUCAGUAGGUGAAAAUGAUUUGUUUUAUUUAAAAUGUGUUAAAUGAGUUUACAUUUUAAUUCAUGAAUGUAAUUUGAGACAAGAGUGAUAUGUAUUUUAAAGUGGAAGUGAAUGGUCGGGCUAAGAUUUCUUGUGAGAUGAAUGACUUCCAUGCUGAUGAGAGGAUGAUAUUUCAGUAUUCCUUGAUGUAAUGAAAGUACAAUUACUGUGAAGACUGUUAUUAGGCAUUUUAAAGACAAUAGAGGUGAUUGUUUGUGGAAUUAUCUCAUACAAGAGAUGUCUUCAUGUGUUGAUGUGUUGUGAUAAUCCUAUGAGCUAUUAUGUUCAUAAUACUUGUUCAUUUUUACUUCUGCUGUUGUUUAUACAAAACUCAGUUAUAAUGAAACUGUAUGUACUCAGUUUUAACAUAAGAAGGUUGACUCCAGAAAAUUAUUUACGCCAAAAUCUACUUCCAGUUUCCAGAAUUUUGGUUUUAAUCAUUUUACUGCUCAACAGUGAAGCUUCUAUCAUACGAUGGUUGAUUGCUUUGAGAAGUCAUAUUAUUAGCUUUUGAAACUGUUUAUGAACUCCAUGCCUGUCAUGGUGGCACUGAACAAAGUAACAGCUGUAUUUUUUACUCUAUAAUAAUGAAAAAUUUUAUGUACUUAUUUUUUUAUGCUCAACUCUCAGGAUUUAAGUGCAUUGUCACAAAACUUGUGUGAAUGUAUAACAUAAUUAAUUGUGUGAUAUAAGAGAUGUUAAGACCAAACUUUCACAGAUUUAACUACAGUUGCAAACUGUCAUGUUCCAUUUUAUGAACACUGUUAUAGCUCUUUUUAAUAAAUUAAACUGUUGCUAUUCUUGAGAAUGGUAUACAGGCACAAUUUACAUGUGGUGAACUGAAGACAUUGGUGAAGGAAGGAUGAUCAUUAUUGGAGUACUUAUAAAAAUAUUUUUCAAUGAAAUAUUUUUGUAAUCAUAUAUGCAACUGAUUGCAUUACGUUAAUGUUUUGUAAAAUGCAACAAAUAAA